AUGCCUGUCGCCGUUGCGUCGAGGUCAUUAGCCGCCAGUCGUGCUUCUCGUGAGGAAGUCCAAAAGCCCCGUCGAGAGAUCACCGACCCUACGCUUAUCGCACUGCACGCCUCGAUUCCACCCCACUUCCAACAGGCUCAGCAUAGCCUUGCCAACCACCGAAAGAACAUCGUGUCUCUUCAUCGCAUCCACCUCAAAGUCUCAUCGAUCGUCGAACCUGCAUCGGAUGGUCGCGUACGACCCAUCGGUGAAAAGGUGUUCAACGAAAUCUUUGUCGGCUGUCUCGACCGUGUUCUGCCUGUCAAAAAGGGCGUGCCCAACGCAGACCGCGUAUGCAAGUUCGUCGCUGGCUACGUCACGUAUGCGCAGGAACAGUUCCGCCUUCAAGCUCGUGCUGACAAGGCCGCAUCCGGCCAAGCAGCAGGAGAGCUCGAAGAUCAGGAUGACGAUGAGGAAGAGGAAGAUACCACAGCUACUCGUUUCACCUCGCUCCUGCUCAAGCACCUUCUCAAAGGGUCUGUGUCCAAGAACAAGAACGUGCGUCUUCGCUGCUGCGGCUGCAUCGCUCUCCUCAUCAACGGCCUUGAAGCACUCGACGAGAAGCUCUUCCAAACGCUCAAGUCGUUCCUCCUCAACCGUGCGAGAGACAAGGAGUCCGCAGUACGUGUUCAAGCCGUCAUUGCCUUGACUAAGCUUCAGACCGCUGACGAUGAUGGAGACGAAGACUCCGAGGAGAUCAAAAACGCCCUCAUCGAGACGCUGCGAUUCGACCCCAGCGCCGAAGUGCGACGAGCUGCUCUUUUCAACCUGAAUCCUAACAAGGAGACUUCUUCGCUCCUUCUCGAGCGUCUACGAGACAUUGAUCCCAUCAAUCGCCGUUGCGUCUAUCUUGGUAGUCUGUCCAUGCUCCUCAAGGCGCAAAGCAAGACGCUCGAGGCUGCAGCCUCUUCUCAGGCCGGGCCGUCUCGUCUCGGCCUCGACAUUGACUCGGCCGGCGAAGUUGUUCGUAUUGGUAUGGGAGAGCGAGAACCCAGCGUCAAGCGUGCCGCCCAGAAGCUCGUCAUCUCCUGGUUUGACGCCUGCGGAGGCGACCUUGUUGUAUUCCUCAACCAAUUCGACGUGGUCGCUUCCAAGCACAUCGAAGCAGCACUUCUCAGCAUCUUGGAGAGCCGUCCGGCUCUCGUCGCUCAGGUCUCGUUCGAUUCCGACGAAUUCUGGGCCAAUCUGUCGCCCUCGACCGCGUUCCUGGCACGCGUCUUUGUUGACUACUUUAAACGCACCAAGAACGACCGUAGACUCGAAGAAUGCCUGCCGGUUGUCACCGCUCUGGCUUUCCGCAUUCAGAAAGAGUACGGUGAGCUGGUACAACUUAUCCAGCAAUACAAUGUGAUAGCUAACAGUACAUUGGUUUCCGAAGAUGAGGCCGAGAUCGCUCUCUUCACCAUUCGCAACAAGACCUUUGUCGUCUCUCAACUGCUCGGUAUCGGUCUUGCCUCGGACUACGGUGACGAAGCCGGUCGCAACAAGAUGUUUGGUCUGGUCCGCGAAAUGAUCUCCGACGUCGGGCUGCCCGAAGACCUGGUGCCUGGCUGCCUGGAUGUGCUGCUCAAGCUCACCACACAAAAAGACUUUAUGCGCAUCAUUGUUGAAAUUGUGCUGGAUCUUGGCGUCGAAGACGACGUCGAGGCGCUCGAUUAUGACGAGAGCGAGGUGGACGACACUAUGAGCGUCGAUGGUACGCCGCUUGCUCGCAAGAAGCCACGCAAGUCGCUCAAGCCUAAGGAGAGCUCGUCGCCAUCCCAAGAUGCGCUGGUCACUGAGCACCGCUGCCUCACCAUUGUUCGAGCCAUGCUAGAGCGAGUCGUAGGAGCUUUGCAUGAGAACACAGCCUUCCACGGUCUCAUUCCACAGCUCAUCGCUCCUGCUGUACGCUCCAAGGAUGCACCGGUUCGCGAGCUGGGACUGGUAUGUCUCGCCCUAUGCUGCCUGCUCGACCGCAAGCUGGCCCUCGACUCGUUUCCGCUGUUCAUUGAUCAAGUCCAACGUGCCGAUGGACAGAUCAAGAUGCGCGCGGUGCAGGCCGUAUUCGACUUGCUCAUCAACCACACGAUUCCGUACCUCUGCUCGCGCAAUCCAGCCGGAGAGGAGAUGGCCAAGCUCCAGAUCAUCUCGUACCUGCUCAGCUUGCUCGAGGACGAAGAUGCUGCAGUUCAGAGCGCGGCUUGCGAGGGCAUGGCCAAGCUCAUGCUGACGGGCAUGGUCGACGACGACGAAGCGCUCAAGAGUCUGGUGCUCAUCUACAUGUCCCCCGAGACCGUCGACAAUCAAGAGCUCCGACAGUGCCUCUCGUACUUCCUGCCCGUCUACUGUGGCUCUUCGAGUCGAAAUCAGCGUUGUUUGCAGCGAGUCUUUGUCUCCAUACUGCAGGUUCUGACCGAGGUCUACGAAGAGAAGGACGAGGAUCAAGAGAUGGUUACGCCCACCCAAGUGGGAUUACAGCUUCUGGAUUGGACGGAUCCAGACAAGGUCAUGACGCGAGCUGGUCAAGUGCGCGACGAGACUGUCCACAUUGACGUGGCCAUCGAGCUGAUCAAAGCCAUGUACACGAUCGAGGACACCAAGGAUUGCAAAGAUCGCAAAGUUAUGUGUCAGUUGCUUGGAAAGCUGUUCCUUCCGCAAGAACUCGACGAUGUCAAGGUGCAAGAAAUGCUGAUCGUGCUCACAGGUUUGCACGAGCUCAACGAGAUCACAGAUACAGUGACAAAGAAUGCGCUCGCAAGAUUCGAGACCACUUUUGCUAAGGCAUACUCUGCCCAGGUCCAAGCUGGUCUCGAUGGCCUCGAUCUGGAUUCUACGUCUGCAUUUGACGGGUUGAAGAGUUUCUUUGCUACAAUCCGGGUGGACCUGGACGACAUCAUCGAAGCAUAUUCGCAUUCUUCGAUCAAGUCUGCCACCAAGACGAGCCGCAAGUCGACCUCAAAGGGGACUGCUUCGGCCCGAUCCUCAGAAGCUGCUUCGAGCAAGAAGAGCCGAAAGCACCACGAUGAAAGCGAGGAUGAAGACGGAAAAGAGGGGGCCGAAGAGGAAGAGGAAGAGGACGAGGACGAGGACGAGGACGAGGACGAGUAG